AUGCUGCUGUUGCUCUUUCCUGCUGUUCUCCCCCACCCCCUUCCGCCCCCUACCCCCUUCCAGCUCCGUCCGGCUAUAGUGGCGGCUCAAGCCCUCCGCUUCUCCCGCACCCCUCAUGACCUGCUGCUCCUCCUCUCCUCCUCCGUACCCCGCCAGCCCUCCACCCUCCCCCUCCCCCUCCUCCUCCGCCACUUCACAGCCGUCAUCCCCCUCCCGGCCAAUCACCUUCAAGGAGCCACCGUUGCGGCCAAUCCGCUGCUAGUAGCGGGACCGGGUGGCGCAGGGGCGGCGGGCGGAAGGGGAUCGGGCGGCGGAACUGGUUGGGCGGCUGGGGAUGGUUUGGAGGGCAAUCAGGGGACGGGGAUGGCAGGGGGGGGGUCUCCGGUGGAAGGUUACAGGAAGCUUCACGUGUGGCGGUUGGUGGAGUACGAUUGGGUGCUGUAUCUUGACGUGGAUGUGCUUAUAACGAGAAACUUGGAUCACCUGUUUCCCAGUAACGCGGAGGAUGGCAGCAGCACCAUUAGUAGCAACAGCAGCGGCAGCAGCGGCAGCAGCAGCAGCAGCAGCAGAAGCAGAAGCAGCAAGGGAGCAGGCAAGGUGGACUCUUCACCAGAUACCACCUCCCCCCACAGGCAGCCCUGUCCCGAGCCUCUCGCUGCCGCACCUGACGUGUACGAGGCUGACCGCUUCAACGCAGGCGUGCUGCUGGUUCGGCCGAGCCUCGCGGUGUUUCGGCAGAUUGUGAGGCGAGCCAAGGUGGUGGCUGCUGCCGUGGCUGCUCGAGCUGGCGCCAUGCCUAACGACCAGGAUUUUCUCAACUCUGUGUUUCGCCACUGGUUCAAGUCCCACCCCUCCUGCCGCCUCUCGUUCACAACCAACGCCAUUCUCCACUUCCCCCUCCCCUGGUACCAACCUCCCUCCUGGCUGCACCCCCCCUGUGGCCCUGACUGCGCCCCUCUGCACCUAGGGCCUGUUCACACAGUGCACUUCGCCAACCCCUGGUUCAAACCCUGGCUCUUUCUGAACACGCCCUUGGAUCAGCUGAUCCCUGGGUCUCACGAGCUGGGCUUUAAGGGAGCUGUCAACUCAAGUACGGUGGGAGGUGUGGGGUUAGGCAAGGCGGGAACAGUGGAGGUGGCUUUUGAGGCGCCCCAAAUGUCGCGGCUGUCCCUGUCUAAGUCAGUAUCUGUGAACUCAAGUACGGUGGGAGGAGUGGGGUUAGGCAAGGCGAGAGCAGUGGAGCAGGGGAAGGAAGGAGUUGGGGAGGUAGGGAAGCAGGGGGCAGAGGGGUUAGAAGAGAGUGUAGCAGUGAGGUUGGGGAAAGAGGGGGCAGUGACUGUGGGGAAGAAGCAGGGAGGCAACAGAAGCACCGCAGCUCUCUCUUCCGUACCACCUUCCAUCCCGCCCUCCUCUCCAUCUCCCAUCCCGCCUCCUCUCUCCUCCUCCCCCUCUCCUCCCCUUGACACCACCAGCACCCCAACCUCUUUGCUCCCUCUCUCUUCCACCCCUCCUCUCUCCCCCACUCCCACUUCGACUCCUCCCACUCCGCACACUCCCUCCCCGUCUCCCCUCCUUGCCUCCCCAGUGUGUUCCUGGGCAGGCGUGGCCCAGCUGCCGUGGGCCAGCCGGUCUGAUGUGGAUAAGGACAAGUGCCGCCGUACGCUGCUGCUGGUGUCUUCUAGAGUGGCCAAGGAGAAAUGGGCGCCCUACGACUUUGAGUCGCUCUUCUGGUCCGUGCGAGUGGUCGACCCAGUCUCUGUGCGCCGCCCGCCAGCUCAUGCCGCCCGGCCUCUGCUGCCCGACUUUCUGAUUCUCAGGCUGUGGCAGCAGGUUGACAUACCACUCAUGGCCUACGUUCAACCUCUCUCCCUCUUCUGGCGAUCCUGCAUCCAACUCUUCUCCCACCACCGACCCUUUGCCGCUGCCCCUCUCUCCCUGCCGCCUGACCGUUUCUCCACCUCCACGCUCCUCCUCGCUCCCUCAGAGCACCUUUUCCAGGCUUUCAUCAGUCGUCUAUCAUCACCACUCUUUCCGACCGAAUCCGUAAACCAUUUCCUGAACGCCGCUUACUCUUCCUGGUACACCUCCCCUCCAGCCCACCGCCUCCCCCUCUCAUUCGCCACUCCCCUCGCUCUCAAGCCCUACACGCUACCCUUCCUCGCCCCGUUCCAUAUAAUCACAUUCGACGGCGCCGUGCCUCCUUAUGGGAACAUGGUGGGGUGGAGAGGGCAACCGAGGUUCCGGGUUGUGCUUGUAUGGAGGAAGAUUUUCUGUGGCUUGCCUGUGGAACUGCGUACUUCUAAGCUUAGGAAGUUGUGUAGAUGA